ACCCGUUGAUUUUGUCCCUUUUUCCCGUCAACCAAUCCAACCACCAAAAUAACCAAAUCGUAUGCACUUUGGGGAUUUUUUUUAUAUUAUGGACCAAGAUCCAUCUCCUGCUACGCAAACGCCUCGUGGCGAUCAUCGGUCUGAGAAUCGUAAAAUGGACUUUCCGGUGACGGGACCUGAACUGGCUUCCUCCGUUUGGGACUGGAAUGAUCUCCUCGAAUUAACUUCUGACGAUCACUUACCCAUUUCCUUCGACGACUAUGGUUUCUCCCCUCCUCCUUUAGAAGCUCUGGCUGGGGAUCCCAAUACAGUUCCGGCGCCCGAUCGUGUACGGAAGCGGGACCCGAGGAUGACUUGUUCGAAUUUCAUAGCUGGUCGGGUCCCCUGUGCGUGCCCCGAGAUCGAUGCGCAAGUCGAGAAGCUUGAAGAGGAAGAGGCGGGCGCGCCGGGGAAAAAGAGGGCCCGAACCGGUCGAGUCGGGUCGGGGACGUGUCGAUGCCAAGUUCCGGGUUGCGAAGUGGAUAUUAGCGAGCUUAAAGGUUAUCACAGGAGGCAUAGAAUUUGUCUACGAUGCGCCAACUCCAGCACCGUUCUGAUCGAUGGAGAAACCAAGAGAUAUUGCCAACAGUGUGGCAAGUUCCACCUGCUGUCUAAUUUUGAUGAAGGUAAGAGGAGUUGUAGAAGGAAACUAGAGCGUCACAACAUUAGACGGCGAAGGAAGAUUGUUGGUUCUAAGACUGCUGUCAAUAAAGAAUCUCAAGGUGCUAUACAAAGCGAUGGCAUUGCUUGUGAUGGUGAAGCAGGAAAAGAUGAUUUGAGUGGCCUGAUAGCUGAAGAAGAACCAGCCUUUGAGUCUGAAGAAGCUCUUGUUUCUGCUCAUUGUUCGGCUCCCCUGUUGCAGGAUAUUCGUAAUGAUAGUGUUAUAACCCUUAUUGACACUGAAACAGAUGGAGGGAAAGAUGAUUCCAAGUUUUCCAAUUCUACUUCUUACUGUGACAGCAAGACGGCAUACUCAUCCAUGGCAGGAUCUCUUUCAAGCUUUAUGAUUGGAAUCCAGCAGAAUUCCCACGAAGACUUCGGCACCAAGUAUUUUAAACAAUUUUUCUUAACAAUUUUUGAAUGGCUGGCCAACAUGCCUGUUGAGUUGGAAGGCUACAUCCGUCCUGGUUGCACUAUCUUGACUGUGUUUAUUUCAAUGCCAAACAAUAUGUGGGCGAAGUUAUCAGAAAAUCCAAUGACCUACAUGCAUGAUUUUGUCUUUAGACCUGGAAGGAUGCUAUAUGGGAGAGGUUUCAUGACUAUUUAUCUUAACAACAUGAUUUUCCGUACUAGGAAAGACGGAACUUCGAUGGUGAAAAUUGAUGCGGAGGUGCAGGUCCCAAGACUUCAUUUUGUUUAUCCUGCAUGUUUUGAGGCUGGCAAGCCAAUGGAAUUUGUUGCUUGUGGAAGUAAUUUGCUGCAGCCUAAAUUUCGAUUUCUAGUAUCUUUUGCCGGAAGGUAUCUGCCCUGUUAUUAUCGUGUUGCAUCCUCACUUGUUCAGAGUAAAGAUGAUUCUCCUAGUUGUGAUCAUCAAUUAUACAAGAUAUACAUCCCACAAACUGAACCGGAUCUCUUUGGUCCUGCAUUCAUUGAGGUUGAGAAUCAGUCUGGAUUAUCAAAUUUUAUUCCUGUCCUAAUCGGAGACAAGGAAGUUUGUUCUGAGAUGAAGUCAAUACAGCAGAGGUUUGAUGCCUCCGUUUUUCAAGAAAGAUCAAUUUUUUCUACCACUGGGUCGUUGGUUGAGGCAUGUGAAAUGUCAACUUCUCAACACAGAGCUUACUCUGAAUUUCUCUUAGAUAUAGCAUGGUUAUUGAGGGAGCCUAAAUUGGAAAAUUUUAAAGAAACUAUGGCCUCUUCUCAGAUUCUAAGAUUCAAUCGUUUAUUGAGCUUUCUCAUACAAAAUGAAUCAACAAUCAUCUUGAAGAAAAUAUUACAAAAUCUGAAGAUUGUGGUGGAGAUGAUCGGGUUUGAUGGAACUAAUGAUUCAGGUGUAAGGUUAUUACAGAAAUAUAUGAAUCAUGCUAGAGAUAUCCUUAGUGACGAACUUCAGAAAGGUGAAAUUCCUGUCUUUCGUUCAGAGUACAUUGAGCAAGAAAGAAACCAGGUUUCUCAAAGCAGCUUCGAUAACAAUGAGCUACCAAUUGUUCCAAAAAUUUCUCAGGUUUUGGAGGAAAGAACUAGUAAACUACAAACAAUAAUGGCAGCACCUACUCCCAGUGAAACUGUUCCACUUUUAAACAAAGAAAUUAUCAUGAAUGUGAACCUCAGCAAGGAUUACUCGAGAAAAUCGUGUGGAUUUGCUACCAUGAGAUUGAGGUCCCGUCCGACUGUACUCAUAAUUGCUGCUACUGCUAUUUGCUUAGGCAUGUGUGCAGUCAUUUUCCACCCCAACAGAGUUGGUGAGUUUGCAGUAACAAUGCGCAGGUGUUUGUUCGACAGGGUAUAAGGGGGUGUAUGGACAAAACAAUUAGUGCAUGCGAACAGGGACGAGGCAUGCUUGGACCAUUGCUUCGUUAGGAUGUAAAUAUAUGUAUGUUAGUGUUUGAUGAAAUCAGGGUGUCCGAAAACAUCCUCCAAUUUUGAGAUGGGUUUAAGAGGAUUUGACGUUGUUGCCUGAAUCCAAGUGGCAAUGUAGGUGUAGAAAGGUAAUUGACUUUUCAUAUUCCUUGCGGUAGAUGGGAACAUGAAGGUUGUUGAAUCAUUUAAGAGGGACUUUUUUUUAAUCAUUGUAAAUCAUAUAAACUACAAUUGUUAAGCAGGUUUAGGUGUAGCUAUUUUCCUGUAUUUGUCUAGGCAUUCUCCAUAUGCAAAGAAACUCCCUCUUUUUUUGAAAUUUAAUUAGAUUUGUGAGCUUCAGUAA